CGUUGUGCAACAUGGAAGUUUCGUUAUGGAACGACUGUUUCUUUUCUUUUGCUAGCUUCAUUGUAUUUGUUGGCUCAGCAUCAUCUUUACAACUGAGUGAUUGUAAGGAGUUCAAAGUAAUUCCUCCUGAACAGUAUGAUAAAAAUGUCUCUUCAUUAACUGAUAUUACAAAGAGGCCCCUGGGAUAUAUGUAUGCAAAAGCAGACUAUCCUACUGUGCAAUCAGAAGUGAAAAACCCAUGUUUUUAUGUGAGGAAUUUGACAUCAAGAAAUGUGGAAGUCAUGAUUCAAACUCGUGUUUCUGGAAAGACUGUUUGUGUAAGAGAUAACAACAAACCUACUCCAAAGACAGAUUGUGCUCAGGGUGGAACGCUUAGUCUGGCAUGCUGGGAUCCAACAACAAAUGAUGUGAUAUUUGAGUUUUAUUGUGACCCUGGAAAAGGCUGUGAUACAGAUGUUCAGUUCUGGUUCAGAUUAACUCCAAGCCCCCCUGGAGCUGAUGUUGAUGACUGGUGUCUUGCCCGUAACAGUUUGUUUCCUCAUGAUUUGAAGGAGGUACCCAUACCACGAGAUAAAGAGCCAACUGUAAAAAGUUCAACAACCAGCUUUUCAUCUUGUAACUUCCUUUUGGGAGGAAUAUGUCUUUUGAUGUUGCACUGGUUUGCACACUUGCUAGAAAAUUGAAUUCCUGUUAAAGCUUGAUUUAAUUUUGAUUCAUCAAGUGUUGUCUCUUCAUGGAAGGUAGGCCAUUUGUGGUUGUGUACUUAGUUGCCAAGCCUUUGAUUUGGAGUGAGGCUGAAGGUGACUUUCUUGUGAUAUAGGCCAGUAUCUAGUUAGCAUGAUGACAUGAAGUUCUGUUUCCAAUGAAUCAAAACUAUGACAAACUUUGAGAAAGAAACUAGACAUUGGUUAUACAUUUUCAUUAAAAAAAGAACAAUACUUAACUUAGCGAAAUGCGUGACAACAGCACAUGCACGUACAUGAAGUGUACUGUCCACUUACACAGGCAUGACAUGUCAAUCGUCCUAUUACACUGUCCAGUUACAAGCAUGGCUAACUAAUCACGUUCUGCAAUUUUUGUUAUAGUUUUGAUUAAUAGUGUUGAUAUUUUCAGUGACAAUAUUGAUGGCAAUUUUUUAUCACUUUAUUUUUUUUUUUGUGAUCUUUCUUGGUCUAAAGAGUGGUUCUCACAUUAUCAAUACUUUUUCUAAAUAAAUGUUAAGGUUAAUUUAACCCUUUAACUCCCAUGAGUGACCAAGACAGAAUUUCUCCUAACAAUAUCAAUACGAUAUCGACCACAUAAGUGAUGAGAACAAAGAAAACCAUCAAUU